AUGAAAAUUUGCUACGAUAUUUCCUCUCCACAGGCUUUACUAGCCCGGCCUUCACAAGCAAGUCUCUCGCGAAGCAGCGAGUAUUGCCAGAAUCUAUAUGAACCAAUUUGA